CCUCUGCCAGAAAAAUCAAACUUUUGACUUUGAGCCCUCGGUCCAUGCCUCCAUGUUCUCCACGAAUUAUUCUUAUCAAUCACCGUCCUUAUUAAUUGAUUUCACAACCAUCAUAUAUAUAGAAAGCUUGGCCAUUUUAUCUACAGCAUUCCCUUUCCUCCUCUCCACACCGAACUUCUCUAGACAGAAACAAGGGAUCUAUGGAGGCUUUUCCGGUUCAGUUUUGCAGAGCUGUUCGCUCUUACUGGCGCCGCCGACGAUAUAAGAGGCUGGAAAGCGGUAAGGGGAAGAAGGUCCAAGUGGACAAACUCGGCGGAGGUCUACGCCGGCCGAUAAGGCUGCGGCGAGUCUUUGGGAUUCGGUCGAAGAUGCUUUCGCCGGUCCGCCUCCUGGCCCGGCUGAGAGACGCUUACGUGGACUCCAUGCUUGGGCUAGCCGGGAAGGGAUCCGGUCUAUCGGGGGCGAUCGGGGCAGAGGCCCUAAUAAACCGGCGGAUCCCUAGAGCUCAUCCGGCCAAGUUGGAAGCGGCCGAAUUUGAGCGCCGGUUGAUUCUGGAGAUCUGCCGCUCUAUCCGCUCCUCUGGCGAGAUUGCUGUUUACUCAUAGAUAGGCUACAGUUGCUAGGAUUUUUUUAAGAAAGUCCUAUUUUCUCUAAAAUUACAAGUCUCAUCUUUGCAAAAUUUCGUUUCUUUUUGAAGAUGUGGAGCUCCGGUUUCUCGGCAUGUGUAUAGUAUGUAAAAAUGAAUCCUGGGGUUGCUUCCUGCGGGAAGAAACGUAAACAAUAUUGUAUUUGUAUCGUGUGGUAGUUCUUGGAAGGGUAAUUGUAAUGUGCACAAAUUAUAAUUUGAGUUGAGAUUCUCAAA